AUGGCUACUUCCAUGGAUAAAUCUCUCUCCGACUCCGAAUUAAAUCCUAUGAAUAGCGAAACGACUCCACCGAGCUUUAUUAAUUGUAGAAGGAAAAAGAGAAAAUUGGAAGGUAAUGAUGAGCUCAAGGAAAUGAAAGAUAUGAUAGUCCGACUCACAGAAAUUCAAGAAAAAGAAUUUAAAAAAAAUGCUUUUACAUUGAAGGAAAUACAGCAGUCUAACCGUAAUAUAGAAAAUACAGUUUCGUUCUUAUCUGCUCAAAAUGAGGAAUUAAAACUGAAAAUAGAAAAAUUACAGGCUGAAAAAAUUGAAGAUAGAAAAUUGAUCACUACUUUGGAGAAUAAAAUUGAAGAUAUACAAAGAGAGAAUCGUAAAGCAAACCUGGAAUUAAAAAAUGUCCCAAAAAAACACAACGAAACGAAGGAAGAUCUUGUUGAAAUGGUCGUGAACUUGUCAAAGAAUAUUGGAGGGGAAAUCAGUAAAAGUAAUAUAAAAGACAUAUAUAGGGUUCGCGGCAAGAAAGAUGAAAUAAAAAAUACUCCGAUAAUUAUUGAGACUUCAUCUACAAUAGUAAAGAAUGACAUUCUGAAGCUUUGUAAAUCAUUCAAUAUAAAGCAUAAAACUAAAUUAUGCGCUAAACAUCUAGGGCAUCGGGUGUCAGAAGAUACACCCAUCUACAUUUCGGAACAUCUGACUGCAAAAGCCUCGCGUCUGUACUUCCUUGCGCGUGACCUUGUUAAGGCUAAGACCUUCAAGUUCUGCUGGACGGCGUACGGCAGAGUUUACUUGAGGAAGGAUGAGCAAUCUCCAAUAAUCUUAGUUUUUAGUGAAUCUCAAAUUCAAAAUCUAAUUCGGAAAACCUGA